ACUCAUUAACCCACACCAAAACCCCUUCCGACCAUCCCUGAUUACCCUUCUCCUCUUCCUCCUCUGCCUUUCGCCUCUCUCUCUCUCUCUCUCUCUCUCUCUCUCUCUCUCUCUCUCUCUCUCUCUCUCUGCCAUGGCUUUGUUUCCUCCAUCUCCCUCCCUCAUCUUCUCUCAAGUGAACUCCUACCUGAGAUUGAUUCAUGGAAGAAGCUAAACAAGUUGAAUCUCGACCGAGGAUCCUCGUCGGGAUUACUUUGAGGUUUCCACACAAAGCUCUCCAAACCAAAACGCUUACCAGGGCAAGAGGGCUUCCGCCGAAGUAAGGUUCAGGAGGUGCCCAUCAACGCCAUCACCCUUCCCGUCAUCGCCGAAUCAUCACUUUCAGAUCUCCAGUUCAUCGCCCUAUUCGAUCAACAAGGCUGGUCGUCUUCUUCUUCACUGCUCAACCAGAUGCAGGGAAGAUUGACGAUGGCGAGGAAGAAUUAGGACCUUGUCAUUGGCGAGGAGGGAGUUGACGAAAGCGCUUUGCUACACUUCCACCAUUGAUCGGAGAGGGGAGUGAAUCGGCAAGGAGAUUGGAGAGGGGAGGGGAAUCACCCUUUUUCGUUUCUCGUUGCUCAGUGAGAGGGGAGAGGGGAGUUGAAUCGGCAAGGAGAAAAGAAUCGGGAGUAGAGUCGGCGACCACUAACCCCACCGCGAGCCCCGCCUUCUUCCUGCUAGUCAUGCUGGACGAAUGUCCGAUCUCUUUGUCCUCCGUCGCCAUCGCGUUGCCACUCUUGUUCCUAUUCACCACUUCCGCUGGAGCAGGCGCCAGGGUGCUUUCAUCUGAUGGAGUCGGAGCCUCGGGCAAGGAAUUGGUCGCGAAUCUGGAUCCGACAGCGGGGGUUGCAGCAAGUAGAUCGAGGGGAAAUCCCCGGCGGCGGCGGAAGCAGGGUACAGAGGAAGAAGAAGAAGGGUGGAUGGGUCACGGGUUCGAUUUGGUUCGGGUAUCUUAUGUGUCUGGGUUAUAAUAAAGUGACAGAUGGUUUUUUUUUUAAUUGGGUGACUAGGCAUCUCUGUUAGCCACGUCAGCAGUUAACUGACAGAACUAACAGAGUCUGACGGAGGUUAACGGAGAGUGACCGAACUUGAAUUGUUCAACUAAUUUAAGUGACUACUAAUGGAAUAAACGAAUUCGAGUGAUCAAACGUGAAAUUUUGUAGCAAUUCGAGUGACCAAACUUGCAAUUUAGCCAUUUUUUCCCUUUUUAACUACGAGAUGUGUUUCCGGGUGUAGACCAUGGGACGUGGCUCUUUUGGACCACGAGUGUGGCCCAAUACUAAUUUCGAAACUGGUUUUAUCUGGUCUUAUACUCUUUGUGUGACAAAAUAAAUACGUUUGAUGUUGAUUGUUCACGUCAAAAAUCUCAAAGUCAUAUAUCUACAAAAAUAUAUAAAGGCAAAACAUGGGUUGGAAUUCUCCCAUUUCAAAUUCCGUGGCCUCAGAGUGAUUCUAGGAAGUUCAUUUUUGUCAUUGCACCCAGUUCAUGUUUAUAUAUUAAAAAUGUUAGGACUUUGCUACGGUGACAAGCAUGUCACGGUGACAUGCACUUUUCGGUCGACCUCAUAUAGGAUCAGGUCGACCUAAUCUGUUGUUUCAGUGUAAAAACAGUUUCAUGGUGCCUACUUUGGAGAUUCAUAUCUUACAAUUGGCUAGAUGGAAAUUGGAGAUUAAAGGCUUGUUUUGAAGCUGAAGUGUCUCUCUACACAUUAAAGUACUUGGAAGCUCAAUAGAAAGUCCAGAAGACCAUUUUUGAGCAUGACCAAAAGGCUAUGCCAAAACUGGGAAACUGCCUGAAAAUGGCUAAGUCUGGCACGUGUUUGUCAAGCUUACUUUGGAACUCAAUUUGAGAAGCAUUGAUGCGAGUCAAGUCUAGGGGCCUCUACCACAUUAAAUUACGUAAUUUUUUAUACAAAGGCAAGGCAUUGGAUGUAAGAUUGAAUAUCUUUAAAGCUUCAAACAAAAGGCUCGAAGUUGCUACGAAGGCUGUUUUUCUGGCAGCUUGCUUGUGCUCAAAGUCUGCCAGAAAAACAGCCUUCGUAGCAACUUUGACCCUUUUGUUUGAAGCCUUACAGAUAUCCAAUCUUUCAUCCAAUACCUUGAAUUUGUAUAAAAACAUACCUAAUUUAACGUGGUAGAGGCUCCUGGACUCGACUCGCAUUCAUGCUUCUCGAAUUGAGCUCCAAAAUAGGCUUCACAAACACGUUUCCAGACUUAGCCAUUUCUAGGCAGUUUCCCAGUUUUGGCAUUGCCUUUUGAUGAGGUUCAAAAAUGGUCUUCUGGACUUCCUAUCAAGCUCUCAAUCACUUCAAUAUGUAGAGGGACACUCCAGCUUCAAAACAAGUCAUUAGUCUUCAAUUUCCAUCUAGCCAAUUGUAUGAUAUGAAUAUCCAAAGUAGGCACCAUGAACUGUUUUUACACUGAAACAACAGAUUAGGUCGACCUGAUCCUAUAUGAGGUCGACCGAAUCCUAAAUGAGGUCGACCAGAUCCUAUAUGAGAUCGACCGAAUCCUAAAUGAGGUCGACCGAAUUCUAAAUGAGGUCGACCUAAUCCUAACUGAGGUCGACCGGAAAGUGCAAGUCACCGUGACGUGCAAGUCACCGUGACAUGCAUGUCACCGUAGGCACACCCAAAAUGUUAUCAUUGGAGUUCAAACCUUGGUCACUUAAAUGAUGAAACAACAUUAUAAUCAACUAGGCUAUAUUUUAUUUAUUGUUGUUUCCUUGAUUAAACUCUAUGAAUAUGU